AUGUCGGAUGGCCAGCCGAAGGGCGUCGGGAAGGCGAUCGACAGCAAGAAGACUCCGACCCCUCGGCGUUCGCGUGUUCGGGAUGCGGCUGCUUCCGCUGCUGAUGCUACUGGUGACGAGGCCCCUGUGCAUACCAGCAUGGACGACGAUGGCAGCGACUUCAACGAGAACUUCAUCGAGGAGCCUAUCCGCUCGAUCUGCCACAACGCCAUGGCAGAGAACCUUGGUGAUAGAAAGGGGAAGGUUGACGCAGUGGUCGCCGCCUCCAGCAAGGAGCCCGUGGAGACCGAGGCCAAGAUUUAUCUCGGAGUCCUGCAAGCUGAGCUUCGAGGCGUGCUUCGAGAAGUGCAAGAGCGACCUUGA